AAAGAUCCUCGAUUAUACUGUAUAUGGUCUCUGCAGAACGUAUGUAUGCUGAGAAGACAAUUAUCUCAAUGUUAAUUUUACCACUGAUAAGUUCGAUAGCGCAAGUUGUUUCCCAAACGAAAUGUGAUAUGACGACACACGCACAUUCUGCACCCCAGUUGCUCCAGGUUGCGGCAACGAAAUUCCUCCAUCCUACCUCCUUCCAUCAAGAUUCUUCAACAGACUGGGUUGAAGCAACGUUUAAUAUAGAGCCUGGCUUCGAAAGAGACCCAUCUCAUUCGUUGGCACGAGGUGUGCACGAGUACCUGUCGCUGGAAUGUAACUUCCCGAGAGGCCUGCAGUCGCCUUAAAAGCGCGCUCGUACAUCAGCUCUCUUCUCAUCUCAUCUCCGUUUCCUGCAGUACUUCCUCGAGUACUGCUUAUCCGCCUGAUCGCGAUCUGAUUGUUCAUUACACCCCUCGACAUAUCGAGUCUGUUGCUGCGUUGGAGAUGGCUGCUAAUAUUUGGAAUUGGUUCAGCAUUGGCGGGCAUAUCCAAUCCGCAGUGGAUAACUUGCCGCAUGUCAGCGAGGACCAACCCAAUGACACUCCUGUCGGACUACGUCCUAGUCCCCUAGACCUUUCCGAUGCAAAGGGUAACGUUUCAACCCCACUGCCGUCUGGUCUCGCUACUGGUCAUACCCUUGCUCAUAUCAUGGAUAACUUCCAAGGUGGGCCAUACCCGGAUGGUAUUGGGAGUUCAAAGGUCGAGUUGAACGUAAACGGAAGCGGCUCUCCCAUGAACCAAUUCUCGGCCCCUGCCAGCGAGAUCUAGCGAUGGACGCUUCAACGUGGCCCUCUCAACUUCAGCAUACGGGCCACCUGGUCACCCUACUCGUGGCAGGGGAAAUAACACCUAUGCCAACCAACCAUCUACCAUCCAAUCUUCAAUGCACACCUCCACUCAACAUCUAGGGCCUGUCGCACCUCUGGAAAUGUCCGCCAACCGGUGGACACCAGUCAGUAUCAGCAAGACGGGGCAAGCUAUUGAUGAGAACUCGCCGGAGAUCGUCGAGCGUAAGGUCAAGUCGUUGCUCAACAAGUUGACUAUGGAGAGAUUCGACUCCAUCUCAGACCAAAUCAUUCAAUGGGCGAAUAAACCCGAGGCUGAGAAAGAUGGCCGGACACUUAUCCAGGUUAUCAACCUGGUGUUUGAGAAAGCCACAGGUGAGGCUAGAUGGUCAGAGAUGUAUGCCCGUCUCUGUCGCAAGAUGAUGGAGCAGAUCAGCAACAAGGUGCAAGCCGAGGGUAUCCGCAAUGCCGAAGGCAGGCCCAUUGCUGGUGGUCAACUAUUCCGUAAAUACCUCAUCAACCGGUGUCAAAAAGACUUCGAACGAGGGUGCGUUACGAAGGAGGCUACCGCUGCCAGCGAUGGCCGGGAUGGUGAAAGUGCCUUGAACCCUGAUGAGUAUUACUCCGCGCAGAAGGCAAAGCGUCAGUAUGUUGGUUUGGUCAGGUUCAUCUGUGGACUGUUUGAGAUGCAGAUGCUCACGGAGCGUAUCAUGCACGAGUGUAUCAAGAAACUUCUGAGCAACCUUGACAGCCCGGAAGAAGGGGAAAUCGAGUCGCUUUGCGAGCUCAUGACCGCUGUUGGUCAGUUUCUGGAUACCCCCAAGGCUCGCGUCCAUAUGGAGGGUUACUUCACUCGCAUGGAGGAAUUGGUCAAGAGCCCUCAUGUCGACUAUCGUACGAAAUUCAUGUUGCAGGAUGUUAUCGAGUUGCGUGAACGCAGAUGGAUUUCCCGUAGCCGAGUGGUUUCUCCUACUACGAUCGCCGCCGUCCGCGAGGCCGCUGCCAAGGAGAAGUAUGCUUCCCACAAGGCCUCAUACCAGCGCGCUCUCAGAAUGACUCGCGCGGGUUCAAGACGUGGGGGUGACAGAGACCAAACAGUUGACCCUGAUAGCUGGAUAGUUACUGGUCCAGCGGCUCCUCGAGCAACACCGAAGGCUGACUAUGUACCAAACUUUGCCGGUAUCGGCAAGACCGCGUCGAUGUCCUUUGGUUCCGGCAGCGUCAAGAAGGGCAAGCCUAGUAACCGGGAUAGUACAAUAUCACGGACGGGCUUGGUCAUUAUCUCCUCGAUGUCCGGUCAAUAUCUACAGCCUGCGAAGGAGAACUUUUCAUCGAGCAGCACACAGGAAGCACUCACGAAAUGCAGGAAGCGCAUGCUCGUUUCUCGACCAAUAUCGAAGGACGGGAGCAACUAUAUCCUAACUGCAUCUGCGGCCGACUUGGAUGCCGAACAAGUUGAACCUGAUGCACCUUCGAUGUUGAGGACCGAGGCCAAGACAAUGAUCGAGGGGGACUCCAAGGAGUUCUUCAGUCUCCGAAACCCUGACCAGGGUGAAGUUUACUUCGCGAGGCUGCCUGUUGAGCACCGACAUCUACUCGUCGACAAGUUGGUCACUAGGGCCAUCAAGUUGAAAGAUGCGGAUGCUCAAUUGGUUGCUAAUCUUUUCCACCGUGCUUGCAGUAAAAACUUGUGUUCACCUGCGGCAUUUGAGAAGGGUUUUAUACCCACAGCUCGGAAACUGGAUGAUGCAACAAAGGCGUUCCGGUUAUUCGCCAUUAUGUUCAACGGAGCUGGUCUCGAUACCGAUGCGGAACGACGCGCGAGGAUUGCGAGCGUGUCGGUUGGUAACGAGGAAGUAUUUGCCAUUCUUUUGUUGUUGUCUAUGCCUCAACCCCGUUGAAUCUAGUCUGUCACAGGCAGUGUAGACAGAAACGCAACCUUCGUACCUCAGGAUAUCUCUGUCUGACGUUGAAUCCCCAUUUCCUCGUGUCAUGAUACCUUUGCCGUUUUCACUGCCAGAGCCAUAUAUAUAUGUAUAUAUCGACCGUUCCAAUAUGAUUGAAUGCGAUCCGUGUUGGGGUUGAAUAG